AUGGCGCUCACGAUCUCGCUCUGACAAAUAAUGACAAUUUGGCUUCUACUAAUGGACACGUUUUUACUCAGUGCGUUAAUGAAUUAAAAUUAAGUGAAUUUAAGUGAAUUAUUAAAGGACUAUAAAGUGAAUAGUGAUUAACUCCAGUGACCCUGCCUACCCACACCACUCGGCGACAAGUUGGGAUUAACUAAAACCUUUUCUGUCUUCAGGUGAGUCCCACACCUAUUACAUAACCUACAUAACAUCUGGCGACAAGUUGGGAUUAACUAAAACCUUUUCUGGCUUCAGGUGAGUCCCACACCUAUUACAUAACCUACAUAACAUCUGGCUGACGGGAUGAACGACUGGAGCGGAUUGGUCACCGCAAUUGAGCGCCUCGUGGACACACGGCUUUCCCAGAGCUUGGCAUCCGGAAGCAAUGCCACGGGCGUACCGGCUGCACCACCGGAAGUCUCUGUAGAUGCCCUCGCAAGGUCAAUUACUCCCUUCACGUACAACCCCGAGAGUAACUUGACCUUUGAGAAUUGGUAUCAGCGAUACAAGACAACAUUUCUCGAAGACGGAAGAAACCUUAGCGAGCCAGCACGUGUGAGGUUAUUGCUGCGCCGUUUAGAUCAUCAGACGUACACGCGGUAUGCGAACAUCAUACGACCGCGUGACCCGGCUACAUUAUCAUUCGAUGAUACAGUGACACGACUCACUAAGCUGUACGGCAAAGGUGAGUCACUGUUUUGUCUCCGGCGUCAGUGUCUACAACACGUGAUGAGUGAAACGGACGAUUGGGCAACACACGGUGGCCUCGUGAAUGCUCUUUGUGAGGACUUCCGUAUCAGUGAGUGCACCGCGGACCAUUUCAAAGCACUUAUUUUCUGCACGAGCAUUCAAAGUGAUAAACACGUGUUUGUGCGCGAGCAACUUCUUUCAAAGCUGGAAACGGAACCAGCGAAUGCAAUCAAUAUUGACUACCUCAUCGAUGAAGCCCGGCGUCUUAGCAACGUCCGGAAAGAUGCGCGUCUCGAUAUAGCGCCUCUGAGUGUCAAUGUUGUGAAGAAAAGUGCUCCCGCGAAGAAAGAUCGUCCUCCGCGACCCUGUUAUUUGUGUGGUGCUAUGCACUUCGUUAAGGAUUGCACGUAUGCCAAUUCAAAGUGCACUGAUUGUGGCAAAAUAGGUCACAAAGUUGGAUAUUGUCCACCACCACCCAAAGAAGGAGAAUCUCGUGAUUCUGGGGCACGGAAGAAGAAGCCAAUGAAGAAAAAGCAUACCGCUCGUACCAAUGCUAUAUUUUCUUCGAAUCGCAAAUCAAGACGUUACCUUUCACCGCUCAUCAAUGGCCACAGGAUUGAGUUUCAACUUGACUGCGGAGCAGAUGUGACAGUGAUUUCGCAAAAGACUUGGGAACGUCUCGGAAAACCAAAUCUUUCCCCGAUUACCAUCAAUGUGAAGGAUGCGCAAUCUCAAUCCCUCGCAGUUUUGGGCGAGUUCGACGCUCGUGUCUCAUUCCGUGGCAAGGAAGUUCGUCACGGAUUAAUCGUUGCUUCCAGCACGAAUGACAAUCUCUUCGGGAUUGAUUUGAUUGAGAAUUUUGGGCUUUGGAGUGAACCUCCCAGCGCGUACUGCAAUGCUGUGCGAAAGGAAAUCGACACAUCCGCCGCCGUGAAAGAAUUGCAGACGACUUUCCCAAAAGUGUUUUCCGCAAAGGAGAUAGGAAUGUGCUCUAAGGCUCAAGCCACGAUCCACUUGAAGCCUGAUGCCUUGCCCGUUUUUCGUCCGAAACGGCCGGUGCCAUUCCAUGUCUUGCCCACAAUCGAUGAGGAACUACAGCGCCUCCAGGCGUCCGGAAUAAUUUCCCCAGUGGAAUUCUCAGCCUGGGCGGCACCGAUUGUUGUGGCGAAGAAGUCAAACGGGAGCAUCCGCAUCUGUGGGGAUUAUUCUACAGGACUCAACGAUGCAGUGGAAAUGAAUAAUUACCCCAUACCGGAUCCCGACAGUUUGUUCUGCCAGCUGGCAAACAAAUCUGUGUACUCCCACAUUGACUUAUCUGACGCUUACCUGCAGAUACCUUGCGAUGACGAGUCCAGCCGCCUGCUGACUAUCAAUACUCCGCGGGGUCUCUUCAAGUUCAACCGUCUACCUCCGGGAAUACGUAGCGCCCCGGGUAUCUUUCAAGAAAUCGUCGAAAGGAUGCUUCAGGGGAUUCCGGGAGUGAUAUCGUACUUUGACGAUAUCUGUGUGGCUUCUGAGAACAGCGAAGAUCAUUACGCCACUCUCAAGUUGGUUUUCAAGCGAUUGGAGGAGUUCAAUUUCAAAGUUCGUUUGGAAAAAUGUAAAUUUUUUGCUGACUCAAUAAAGUUUCUCGGCAUUAUCACUGAUAAAAAUGGUUUACACCCUGACCCCGAGAAAACAGAAGCUAUCCGGCGUAUGCCAGCGCCAAACAAUAUCCAAGAACUGCGCAGCUUCUUGGGUGCUCUUCAGUUUUGGGGAAAAUUUGUGCCUCAAAUGAGCCAUUUGCGCGCCCCAAUGGAUCGUUUACUGAAGAAAGGCGUCCCUUGGCACUGGAAUAAAGCCUGCCAAGAAUCUUUCACCCGAUUCAAAGAAAUCUUGGCCUCUGAACUUCUAUUAACCCACUAUGACCCCCGUAUGCCCAUUCUUAUUGCGUCUGAUGCCUCAUCUUACGCAAUUGGCUCUGUUGCGUAUCACGAAUACCCGGAUGGAAGUCGCAAAGCAUUUUAUUACGCUUCCAGACGACUCAGCGAUACGGAAUGCCGCUAUAGUCAAAUAGAGAAGGAAGGAUUGGGUCUAGUUUUUGCCGUAAAGAAGUUCCAUAGAUUUAUUUUCGGACGCAAAUUUACAUUACUCACGGACCAUAAGCCAUUACUAUCAAUCUUCGGUAGUAAGAAGGGGAUCCCAGUCCACACUGCGAACCGCCUGCAAAGGUGGGCAUUGACAUUACUGGGCUACAACUUCGACAUUCGCUAUAUGUCUACCGAGAGUUUUGGCCAUGCCGACGUCCUAUCGCGGCUAAUCUCUUCCCAACAACGUCCGACGGAUGAACUUAUCAUCGCUCAGCUUCAUCUAGAGGAAUCUUUUGAUGACGUCGUGAUGCAGGAAGCUCUCGCAGGUUUACCUGUGAAUUUCAACAUGGUUAGGAAGGCCACGAAAUCUUCUACUGCGCUACAAGAAGUCACCAAAUACAUUGUGGGAGGAUGGCCAAAGUCCGUGAAAGCAAUCAAGUCGAGUGAGGCUGCGAAACUUCACAAGGUUCGUGAUGCUUUAUCCUUGAUUAAAGAUGUUAUUUUCUACAAGGAACGGCUGCUCGUACCCGACCAAUUCCGUGCGAAAAUCCUGGGACAACUUCAUCAAACUCACCCAGGAAUGGCGCGUAUGAAGGCUCUCGCGCGAAGCUAUGUGUAUUGGCCCGGAAUUGACGCCGACAUCGAAAGCAAAGUGAGAAAUUGCGUCGAUUGUGCAACAGCAGACCGUACUCCAGUGAAAACUCAUCUUGCAUCCUGGCCUCUGUCAUCAUACCCUUGGCAAAGAAUCCACAUAGAUUAUGCCAAGUACAGAGGAGAGAAUUUUUUUCUCGUGGUGGACUCGUACUCCAAAUGGCCAGAGAUUUUCAAAACCUCUUCCACCACCACAUCACAAACUAUCAACAAACUCACGGAAGUUUUUGCGCGUCUUGGCAUCCCUGAAACAUUGGUGAGCGAUAACGGCACGCAAUUCACCAACCCUGAGUUCAAAAAGUUUUGUGACGUUAAUGGUAUUGCUCAUUUAACGACGAAUCCAUAUACACCGGCAAGCAACGGCCAAUGCGAAAGAUUAGUGGGCACAUUGAAACACGCAUUGGAGAAACAGCGGACUACAGGUUCUUUGGAAGUUGCACUACAAGGAUUCCUCGCGAAUUACCGGGUGACACCAAACGACAACGCUCCUGAGGGCAAGUCACCUGCGGAGCUAAUGUUUGGCCGAAAAAUUCGUACUAUUUUCGAUCUUUUGAAAUAUAAGGCCGAGGAACCCAUACGCCGAAACGAACAUAUGGAGGAGCAGUACAACAAGCGGCAUGGUACGAAAGCUAGAGUUUUUGUGAAGGGGGAGGAAGUGUACGCAAAGAAAUUUGCCCAAGGCGGAAAGUUCUCAUGGGUACCUGGAAGAAUUAUUGAGCGACGCGGGUCUGUGUCAUACAAUGUGCGGCUUCUUAACGACAUCAUUAUCAGAUCGCACACCAAUCAGCUGAAACAUCGCUACACCGACGGACCUUCUGGACCUAACUCUGAUACCGCCCCGCCAAUCUUCACACCCACUGCUAUUGUACCAACGCAACCGACACCGUCGUCACCAGCGAAACCACCCAUUUACUAUGUAUCUUCGGGAUCUUCGACGACGCAAACAUCAGAAUCCACAUCUUCACGCAUGUCAUCGGCCAACGUUCAAAGUCGUGAAAGUGUACUCGAAAGCGUCAUCGAAGUGUCGGACGAUGAUUAUGAGUCUACAGAAUUGCCGGAUUAUGAAUCUCCUGCAACACCGGAGGACCAUGACGAAACGUAUGUUCCUCCUGGAAAUGUUAGACCUGACCCCGGUACACCCAUUUACCGGCGCCUUCGGAAUCGUGCUCGCCGUUCUGCGCAAUCCAGACCGGCUAGACUCAGCGACCGUUUCCCACCUGGGUCGUCGUCUCCUUCAGGAGGGGGGAGAUGUUAGAUGGCGCUCACGAUCUCGCUCUGACAAAUAAUGACAAUUUGGCUUCUACUAAUGGACACGUUUUUACUCAGUGCGUUAAUGAAUUAAAAUUAAGUGAAUUUAAGUGAAUUAUUAAAGGACUAUAAAGUGAAUAGUGAUUAACUCCAGUGACCCUGCCUACCCACACCACUCGGCGACAAGUUGGGAUUAACUAAAACCUUUUCUGGCUUCAGGUGAGUCCCACACCUAUUACAUA